AUGCCUGCACAUUACGCACCGCUCCCAACACAGCAGUCAUCGCGGGAUGCUGAUCGUGAACUCAACGACGCCUUUGAGUCUGAUGGCGAUGAUGAGGAUUACAUUGAACGCCCACAAUCCAAUCACCAGCGCGCUGAUACCCUUUCCUACGUCGCAGAUCCCCCAAAAAGCACGUCAAGUAGUACAACAGUUCCUGGAACUUAUGACUUUGAGCGGAAUUACGAUUACGACCGCCCACCUCCUGGUUCUCCCCCGCAGCUUCUAGCAACUGCUUUGCCCAACGAUAUAGGCAAUUCAAACGGCGAAUUACCAACCUCUCCUUUGGGUACGACAUUACCUCGACCAUCAUUCUUGCGGAGGGCAGUUGGGGCCAUCUUACCCACUCACUACGUCCGUGUCCCGACCCAUGAACCGCCCACUGGAGUGAGGGGUGGAGGGAUACAGAAUGAUGGAGUGUUCUCAAAUGUCGUCGUCAAACCCGCGUCCUCAAUACCAAUACCAGCUGAAGAUGGCACCAUCUACAUGGUCCCUGAGGAGACGCAGAGCACUGCUCCACCUUCCUAUGCAGCAGCCCAAGCAGAUGCUGUUCCCCCGUAUUGGGAUACGAUUGUGCACGCUCCUCCCGGAAUGGAUACCGAUGCUGGGAUGAUCGUUGGCGAUCUUCCCUCGGGCUCUAUCCUCGCAUUCAUUUCGAACCUCUUCGUCUCAUUUUUCUUCCAGUUUAUCGGCUUCCUCCUCACAUACCUUCUCCAUACUACACACGCCGCAAAGUUUGGCUCGAGAGCUGGCCUUGGACUAACAUUGAUCCAAUAUGGCUUUUACUCUCGUUCUGCGACGGAUAACAUACUUCCCACGCCUGACGGCAAGGGCGCUCCUGAUGUCCUCAUGCUAUCCGCUCCGCCUUCACCUUCGGCUCCCAUGCCUCAGGACCAUACUGUUGUUCUCAGCAUGUCUUCACGAGAGUGGCUAUCAUUUCUUUUAAUGACUCUCGGUUGGUUUUUGCUCCUUUCCUCUUUAGUUGGUUUCUGGCGUGUAAAGAACUGGGAAUCUGCCAUC